AUGACCACAGUAACGACAACAAAAGCACCCACAGCACCUUUUACAGCACCAACCUCAGUAAAAAUCCACGAUGGAAGACGCAGCAAGAAAGCUUUCAAAACAGAAACCACGCCGCCAAAGCUAGAUGGUACCAUUCUACCCUCAGAGUCCUCAGAGCAGGAUUCCAAGUCCGCUUGGGAGUCGUUCUGGAUCAUUACCAUAAUAACCGGAGUCACCUUCAUCAGCGUAUCCGGAACCGGAAUCCUCACCACCGCACUCCCUCGCAUCGCAGCCGACAUCAAUCUCGACCGCGAUCUGAUCUUCUGGCCGGCAUCCGUGUACGCUUUAUCUGCAGGAUGCACCUUGCUGGCAUUCGGCUCCGUUGCCGAUAUAGUCGGCUCGAAGAGAAUGUGGCUUAUAGGCAGCGGCUUCUCAUGUCCUCUGAUCCUUGCGUGUGGACUUGCUCGCACCGGUAAUCAAUUUAUCAUCUUCCGUGCGCUGCUGGGGCUCUUUGUGGCCAUGUGUCUCCCGACGUCCAUGUCGCUAGUGACUGCGUCCUUCCCGCCUGGACGUAAGAGGAAUAUCGCCUUUGCGGCUACGGGGAUGGGACAGCCGCUAGGUUAUGCGUUAGGUCUCAUUCUUGGUGGUGUCUUUACUAAUACUAUUGGCUGGCGAUGGGGCUUUUAUAUUACCGCUAUUAUUGAUGCUAUCUUGUUUGUUGGCUCUUUUUUGAUCCUUCCUUCUGAUGCGGAUUCGAUGAAGCUUUGUCGGGCUACCUGGUAUAAGCUUGGUUAUAAUAUUGAUUGGGUGGGCUUAGGGAUUCUCGCCUUGUCAUUUGGACUCUUAUCAUAUGUGCUUGCGAUGAUCACGUCUUCAUAUAAAAACAUAUAUGAGCCCCAAUAUAUUGUGCUGCUUAUAAUCUCCAUGUUACUACUCCCUGUCUUCCUGCUCUGGGUGAAGUGGCAGGUCAAAAACAACAAACCAGCCUUGAUUCCAAACACUUUAUGGCAAAAUCUACCCUUUCUUUUCAUCUGCGUGGCCAUGUUUUUCACAUGGGCUGGAUUCAACUCAUUCCAGUACAUAUCGACCUUGUUCUUCCAGGACGUCCAGGAAAUCUCAGCCCUCCAAGCCUCCAUUCGCUUCUUGCCUAUGGCUGUAGUAGGCGUGGCCACAAACAUGGCCACUGCCCACCUGGUAUCAAGGGUGAACGUCAACCUGCUCUUGGGAGCGAGUGCAUUCAUGACCGCGAUCUCACCAAUCUUAAUGGCAGUCGCCUCCCCGAACUGGACAUACUGGGCUGCCGCCUUUGUUGCCAUGACAUUGAGCCCAAUCAACGGCGACGUGCUAUGGACCGUUUCGAGUCUCAUAAUCUCCCGAGCAUUUCCAGAGGACUCAAUGGCCCUGGCUGGUAGUGUUUUCAAUACUAUCUCUCAGCUGGCUAAUUCUGUUGGACUGGCUGUCACUGCUGUCAUAGCAGCUUCCGUGACGGCUCAUAAUGGCUCGGUGAACGGCACAGGUGCUUCUUCUCAAACGGCUGAGCUUCUGGAGGGAUAUCGUGCUGCAUAUUGGACUAUUUCUGCCGGCAUGGUUGUUGUCUUCCUGGUGAGCUCUUUGGGGCUUCGCCAUGUGGGAAAGGUUGGCAACAAGCAGGAUUAA